AGAAAGAGAGACUGUCACUGCCAUGGCGACGGCGUGGUGAAGGGCCUUCCAUUAACGCACUUGCUCUACGAAUCCGCUCUCUUUCUCAGGCAAGUCAUAUCCAUUCCUCACCACAGCAAAUUUCCAUUUUCGAUUUAUGCGAACAUGAUUGCAAUUACUCGCACGAAUCUCCUCCGUUUACUCUCAAACCCUAAUUCAUUUCUCUGCAAUUCCCCCAAUUCUCAUUUCUCUCCUUCACUCCACUUUUUCUCAACUCGGAGGAGUAAAACCCUAACCCCCGACCCCCAAAUUUACGAUGUACUCGUGCAAAAGCACUUCUUUUCCCCUGAGCUGGCUUCUCUAGCUGCCUCUCGUUUACCUAAAUUCAGGUGCCCCCAAAAUGCCGAUUCAAUUCUAUCCUUCCUCAAAGCCAACGCCUUCACCGCCGAUCAAAUCGAGCAAGUCGUCUCGUACAACCCUCGGAUUCUAGGGUUUACCACCGAGGGACUUCGAUUGAAAUUCAAGCUAUUCCGAGACUUGGGCCUUUCUCCAGAGGAGGUUGCCAAGUUGAUGACUAGUAAUAAGCCGAUUCUGCAUUCGAGCAUGGAGAAUAAGAUCAUUCCUUCGUUAACUUUGUUAAAGAGCUUGCUUGGAUCCAAUCAGGAUGUGGCCAGGCUUGUAAGGAAGUCUCCCUGGUAUGUCUCAGCUGAUUUGGAGAAGACAUUGAUGCCGAAUGUGGAGAUCUUGAAAAGCUGCGGUAUACCUAUGGAGCGUAUCCUUCACUUGCUCCAUUUUCGGCCGAGAUGUCUAUUGAUGAGGCCGGAUGUUAUGAGGAAAGCUAUAGACAAGGCUGUGGGGUUUGGGGUCUCUCGGAGCUCACUUGCUUUCAUCGAUGCAGUUAAUGUUUUUGCACACACGAGUGAAGGGAUCAUGGAAGUCAAUCGGAAAGUUCUCUUGGAUUUGGGGUUUUCAAGCGAUGAUAUGAUGAAAUUCCUUAAGCAGACACCGUUGCUGUUUUCUUCAUCGAUGGAGAAAACGAAGAGGGUUGUGGAACUUCUGCUUGCUACCGGGAAGUACAGUAUUGCCAAUAUUGUAUCUAACCCGACGGCACUUAUGUGCAGCAUUGAGAAGAGGCUUGUGCCGCGGCUGCAAAUUCUGGAGCUCCUGGAAAGUAGGAAUCUAAUAAAAAAGUGGCCCGGUCUUUCAAGUGUUUCUGCGCUUACGGAUGAUAAGUUUAUUGACACAUUUGUUAGACCUUAUUAUGAUGAGAUUGCAGAAGAAUACAUCAUAAAGAACUUUUUCAAUGGAAAAAAAGAGUUGGAGCUGUAGUUGUAUACUUGCACAGUUAUUGUUUAGAGUUUUUAAUUAAUGUUGUUUGUGGAUGUUUCUUAAGAAUCUGAUUGAAACCUGGCUUAUUCUUUCAAUGGUUAUGAAAUUGUCAACUCUGAGGUUGUUUGAGAAAUUUACUUGCCCGUACUCAAAUUAACUUGGCGAAGUAUGCAUAGAGUAUUUUAAGGGCAAAGAAAGACGGGAGUUUGAUCAGCAUUCGUUAGUGGAAAGACUUGUGAUGUGGAAGAGUCCAUCAAGAUCCGAGGGUAUAACUUCUUCUUGUUCGAGGUUUGAGAUUGGCUACGCUACGCAUACAAGUUCUAGAGGAUGUUUUGUAAAUAUGUUCUGUUUUCCAGAAAGUGUCUGUGACUCUGUGUUGCUUUCUAGAUGUUCAGAAAAAAUGUUAAAUCUUAAUUAACUGAAUGAACAGUUGUGGAGGUGACUGUUUUUGUU